AUGGCCACCCCAAAAACUGCAAGUGCUCCCGAAGGUGCUGCAUGGGUCUGGGGAGACAACGACAAUAUCGGCCGUCUCAACCUCUUGACACCAACCCGAGUUGCUGCCGCCGGAAAGGAGAUCAGAAGUGGAGAGAUUGUUCCCGUCAAUCUCCCUCUCAACACUCCCGAAGUUCCUGCAUUCAACCGUGAGGUAUUCAAGCACGAGAUCAAGACACUCGCAGAAGAUCUUGCCUAUGAUGAUGUCUACCAUCUAAACACUCAAUCGGGCACUCAGUUCGAUGGCUUCCGUCAUUUUGCUCACAUGCCCUCUGGCACAUUUUAUAACAACACCAAAGGCUCGGAUAUUGUGGGUCCCAACGCAAAUCAUAAAUGCUCGAUCCAUCAUUGGGCUGUGCAUGGUAUUGCUGGCCGUGGCAUCCUCCUCGACUACCGCGGCUACGCCCACAAGAAGGGCAUCAACUACGAUCCUUACGAGUACUAUCCCAUCUCCUUCGAGGAGCUCAAGCACUGCGCUGCAGACCAGGGUAUCGACAUUCGUCCAGCUGCUCAGGGCGGUGAUAUCAAGAUCGGUGACAUUCUCUUUGUAAGGACUGGUUGGGUAGAGGCUUAUCACAGCAAGUCACCUUCUGAACGAAACGAGUUGGCCGUCAGACCACAUGCAUUGGGCAAGGACGAUGGACAAAGAUUUGCAGGAUUGAGUCAAGAAGAGCGAAUGCUGGACUGGCUCCACGACUCUUACUUUUCUGCUGUAGCUGGUGAUGCCCCUGCGUUCGAAGCCUGGCCAACACAUGAAGAGUACCAUCUACACGAAUACAUCCUUGCGCUUUGGGGUAUGCCUUUGGGAGAAAUGCUGGACCUCGAGAAACUAUCGCAGACGUGCCGCGAGAAGAAUAGGUGGACGUUCUUCUUUACUGCUGCGCCUGCGAAUGUGCAAGGUGGUGUAAGCACCCAUGUGAACGGUACCGCCAUCUUCUGA